CUAAAUAUCCAUAAUCAUGAUGUAAUGUACCUAUCUAAUAUUAUGUAAUCCUUAAACGCGACCCACGAUAAUUAGAAUAUUAAUAUUAACAAUAAAAAUAAUAAUGUUGUACUCAAACCGUUGUCACAUCUCAACGUCGAUUCGAUAAGUCCGUAAUUUGAGUUAUUCACGAGUUAUUCUUUUAAAAUUGCUGUUUUUUUUUUUUCGUUUUUCCAUAUCCCUUCGACGAUAUUAAUAUGUAUUUUUCGAGCCCGUUCAACCGCGUUGUUUGGCUGUCGUGUGUUGUGGUGUCGGCAAUGGCACUGAAGAAUAAGGACAAGUUCUACUGUGAAAUGGCAUCGCCCUGCGUGUGCGUUAGCGUUGACAAUUCCAGAGUAGACCUCGGCGGUAUAAACAUAUCGUUGAACCUCUCGACCGAUGUGACGCUAAACUACAAGCCGUGUCCUGACGAUGUUCAAAAUCCGGAUACAACAGCCAUAAAAAUAGUGAACGCUACGGCAAGCACUACGACAGCACUUGCUAGUUAUAUGGAUGUUCAAUUUGAUAUCGACGAUCAAAUAUCAUUGGUUUAUUCAAACAGUACUGGUAAUUUUGAGGUGGAUUUAUCGUGCGAUCCAUCAGCAGUCGAAGGGAAUGAAUACCUAACCAAUUUCGUUAACAAUACUAAUCAAUAUUCGAUCACGCUGAAAACGAAUCGUGUGUGUGGAUUGAACUUAUUGGAUUCAAUCGAAAACAGCAACACGGAUUCCUGGUCUGUCUUCUUUUCCUUUUUGUUGUUUGUCAUUUUCAUUUACGUUAUCGGCGGAUCCGUAAUCAACGCUUGCUUGUUUAACGCAACCGGCACCGACAUAUUGCCUCAUUAUCAAUUUUGGUCGUCGCAGUACAAUAACAUCAAAGGCAAACUGUGUGGUACAUCGAUGAUGGCGUCCGCUUACGAGAGCAUCUAGUCACGUUUAAAACUAAGAAGUGCCAAUUAAACCAUUGGCGACUUUUGGGGCUGUUCAGAAGUUGUACACCGUUUUUAUUUUCAACAUUAACAACACAUUUUUAUCCUGCUUGUUUUUUCUAAUGUUAAGUUUCUAUUUUCGUUUAACACACCAACAAUGUUACAUUUAUUUUAAUUUUAAUUUUUUAGUAUUGUUGAUUUCUUUUUUUCAACUAAUUUUAUUCAGCAUUGUAGUCACCUUUCAAUAGAUAGUGUUUGACUAAAUGAAGUAAAUGAGAACGGUCAAAUUAUUAACAUAGUCGACUAAUAGUUAACAAUAUUUAAAAAAAAAAAAAGUAAUAAUAAUAGUGAUUGAUUACAAGUUACUGUGUUAUAUAUGUUUUGGAGAAAAUCAUAGAAAUUAAAAAAAAAAUGUCUCAAUAGUAUUGUCUUAUUAUAAUCGCAUCUAGUUUCCAGUAAUCAUGUUAAUAAUUUAUUUUUAUUGUCUAUUAUUUGUUUUCUAAUAGAAUAUCGUAUAUACAUAUGUGAUUGAUGAAUCAUUUUUAAAUACAAUUUACGUUGAAAUAAUUUGUUCAAUACGAUUAGGUAUUUAAUUAUUCUUAAUUCGUCCAAGUUUAGUGCCGCCCGUUCUUGUGUGCGAUACAUCUGCCUGUAAAAAAAAAAAAAAAAUUAACUACUGUGUGAAUUUGCAACUAAUAUAUUAUUUUUUUAACAAAAAUUUGUAGUUUUUACAGUUUAUUAUUGUUAUUCAAACAAGAUUGAAAUUUACCAUUUUAUUCUGUUGUUGAUAUUUUAAGAUUAUUUUUCGGUACUCAUGGUGUUCACUUUUUUCUAUAAAAGAACACUAAAUUAUAUUAUUUUCACUUAUGUUGUUUGUACAAAACGAACUGAUUCGUA